UUUGUCAUCUCAGAUUUUUACAGAAUAAAAUUGUGAAGAAGUUGGAGCUUGAACAUGUCUGCAGGUAUCUACUGUGAAGCCUGCUGAGAUCUGCUCCGUGUGUCCAAAAGUCUCACAUUCACACAGCAUUAUUUCCAUAAACACAAAUCGUGAUGCAGAACAAACCGUCCUGCUUCUCUGCAGGCGGAUGAUGGACACCAUGUGUUUCUGAACCACCAGAGGAACCCGAGGCUGCGACACCACCCCUGCACCAGACACACCCCCUGCAGGUUUUUGACAGUUUUGGACAGAACCAUGCAGACCAUAAAGUGUGUGGUCGUUGGCGAUGGCGCUGUGGGGAAGACCUGCCUCCUCAUCUCCUACACCACCGGAGCAUUUCCCAAAGAGUACAUCCCCACUGUGUUUGAUAACUACAGUAGCCAGGUGACGGUGGACGGCCGGGUCAUCAGUCUGAACCUGUGGGACACGGCUGGUCAGGAGGAGUACGACCGUCUGAGGACUCUAUCUUAUCCGCAAACUAAUGUCUUCAUCAUCUGCUUCUCCAUCUCAAGCCCCGCCUCCUAUGAGAACGUCAAACACAAGUGGCACCCAGAGGUGACCCACCACUGUCCCAGCGUUCCCAUCCUCCUGAUUGGCACAAAAAGCGACCUCCGGAACGACGGCGAGGUCCAGAGGAAGCUGAAGGAGCAGAACCAGGUGCCCCUCACCCAGCAGCAGGGCCUGAGUCUGGCCCGGCAGAUCCAGGCAGUCCGCUACAUGGAGUGCUCGGCCCUCAACCAGGACGGCAUCAAGGAGGUGUUCGCCGAGGCUGUGAGGGCCUACCUGAACCCACAGCCCGCCGUCACCAAGAAGCCCUGUGUCCUGCUCUAAGACCCGGACCGGAUCGAGCUCCUCCGUCUGACGGACCGCUCAGAAUAAAAUUUAUAUUUAAGAGUUUUUAAUUAGUUUUGAUGUUUGAUUAGGAAAAGACGAUUAAAGACGAGCUGAAAAACCC